AUGGUCAAUUAUCUUAGGCUCCUGGCCCAAGAGACAGGAUCAUACAGCGCUCUAUCCUCAUAUUGCGCUCUCUAUAGACCACUACAAGAUUUCCAAUCCAGAGCGAUCUUGGUAUGUGGCAUACUGUUAGCAAUUGCUGCAGGUGCUCCUCUACCAAUUAUUGGAGUUAUCUUUGCGAAAGUUAUCGAUAACUUCCCUCUAACAGAAGAUGAAGUUCGGAACAGAAUCUGGCAAUUGCUGGCCGUUGCAAUUGCAUAUUUUGUUGUCACUUGGGGAUACGUGUUUUGUUGGGGUGUAAUUGGUGCACAAAUCUCGAGAGGGCUUCGAACACAGAUGGUUAACAGAGCUCUUGGACUUGACCAGACUUACUUCGAAACACAAUGUCCCGAUAUUACGAGCCGGUUGACUGCUGAUGCGCAGACAGUCCAAUCGGGUACAGCUGAGAAAGUUGGGAUAUUCAUUCAGUCAAUCAGUUACUUCGUUAUUACGUUCAUUGUUGCCUUUAUCCUCAAUGCGCGUCUCACUGGUAUCUUGUUCGCAGCGGUCAUUCCUUCCAUGAUCUUGGUUAUCAUUAUUGGAACUUCAAUUCUGAACCACUAUUCCAAUCGAGUUUUAGAGGGUACCAGUUCAGCUGCAUCGAUUGCAGAGGGUGCAAUCAAAGCUGUGCAAGUGGUCCAAGCAUUCGAUGCGUUCGAGUCCUUGACAGCGGAUCACGAAAACCAUCUGACGCGGGCGAUGAAAGAUGGGGUGAAGAAAGCUAACACAGGUGCCAUUAUGCUUGGGAGUAUAUUUUUUAUUGCUUACGCGGCGAAUGCCCUUGCUUACUGGCAAGGCUCCAAGCUUGUCAGAAACAACAUCUCGACUGGAAGUGCAGGAACGGUCUACGCGAUCGUUUUCCUCAUUCUCGAUGCGUCGUUCGUCAUCGGCGCUGCUGGGCCGUUCAUCCAAUCAUUUUCACAUGCAGCGACUGCUGGAAACCGAAUAUAUAGUCUCAUCGACUACCCUGAUAUACCUAUAGAUGUGUAUUCUCAGGAUGGAGUCAGAGCGGAUGAUGAUACCUUUGGACCCAACAAGGAGAUCAUUUUCUCAAAUGUGAGCUUCGCAUACCCUGCUCGGCCCGAAGAAAUUGUCCUGAAUAGCGUCAAUUUCGAGAUCAAGACUGGAUCUACAGUAGGCAUUGUGGGGGCAUCGGGAAGCGGUAAAAGUACGAUCGCUGCAUUGUUGCUCAGGUUGUAUGAUCCAGCACAAGGGCAGAUUCAAGUUGAUGGUCACUCGAUACCAGAAUACAAUCUAUCCAGCUUCCGUAAUCAGAUCGCACUUGUCGACCAAAAUCCAGCAGUCUUCUCAGGCACAAUCUACUCAAACAUCAAGGAUGGCUACAAGGGUGCAGAGAUUAGCGAGGAUGAAAUGAGAGGAAGGUGCAUCAAGGCUGCCAAAGCGGCAGAUGCAUGGUCAUUCAUCGAAUUGCUUCCGAACGGACUUGAUACACGACUUGGUGAACCAUCUGGAACAAAACUCUCAGGAGGCCAAAAGCAACGUGUUUGUCUGGCUAGAGCCCUCGUUGCUGAUCCAGCGCUUUUGGUGUUGGAUGAAGCAACGAGUGCUCUUGACACAAUUAGCGAAGCCGCAAUUCUCACCUCGCUUGGCACGACAAGAUCAAUGGGAAACCGCACGACAGUCAUGAUUGCGCAUCGACUUGCACCUGUCAGAUCUGCUGAUAACAUUAUCGUCAUGGGCAAGGGCGAAAUCCUGGAGCAAGGAGACCAUGAGUCAUUGUUGUCUCGCUCGGAGGGUGUCUACCGCAAAUUGAUCGAGGCACAGCAAUUCUCUUCUGAUGAUGCUUCAGAGGUAUCUAUGUUGGAUAAAGCAGAUCUUGUUGUGGAGGCUACCCCUGGGCUAGAUUCGGAUGAAGAUGUUAUGAAAGUGUCAGAUAUCAAAGAAGUCGUUUCUGAGGCUGAGAUCCAGACUUUUGGAACUUUCGCCAUCCUUCAGCGUUGUCUUGCUCUAAGUCGCUCUCGAGCAUUUUUUACUUGUCUUGGUCUCGUGGGUUCACUCACCACCGGCGGACUUAUCCUCGGAGAGUCCAUCAUCUUCGGUCACCUUGUUGAGCUACUCAAUGGAGAUGUACCAUCCGAUCGAGUCAAUUUCUUCUGUCUGAUGUUCUUUGUAGUAGCAUUAGCUGCUCUAGCUGGCUACACAAUCUCAGGUUCUAGCUUUGGCCUUGUGUCGGAACAUUUGAUUCUGCGGACUCGAGACCUCUCCUUGCGUACCAUACUUCGCCAAGAUAUGGAAUGGUUCCUUCAACCUGGUCGAUCAGCAUCAUUGCUGACCUCGGUCAUUAGUAUGGAUGCCGGACAUCUGAGUGGUCUUUCAGGAGUUAUCAUCGGAACCAUAGUUUCUGCUCUCGUAUCCGUCGUGGGAGGAGCAAUUUUGGCCCAUAUUGUUGCUUGGAAGAUCGCAAUCGUGCUAUUCGCCACCUCGCCAGUCGUCAUCCUUGCAGGGUUUUUUCGGUUUCGGAUUCUCUCAAAGCUCGAAGAGAAGAAUCAGAAGGCCUACACCGAAGCAGCAGCAUUGGCUUCCGAAGCUUGCUCAUCGAUUCGAACCAUUGCCGUACUUGGGAUUGAGAGAGAAACCUCACAGCGAUUUCAUCUAGCGGUAGACAAGUUCAAAGACCAGACAUUCAGACAUACCGCGCUUGGCAAUCUCCUCCUCGCAUAUACGCACUCGCUAAUGUGGAGUAGAUAUUUUGUUUAUGCCCUCGCAUAUUGGUGGGGAGCGAGACAAGUUCGAUCAGGAGAAAAUACCACCCUUCAGUUCUUCACCGUCCUCCCAGCAAUUCUCUUCUCAGCCCAAGCGGCAGGUCAAAUAUUCAGUCUCGCACCCGACAUCGGUCGAGCAAAAGGAGCAGCAAGCCGCGUCUUCGCUCUGCAUGAUCAGAAGCCCACAAUUGAUAUCAGAUCAUCUAUAGACGCACCUCGAGAAUCCAUCAAACUCCCGCCUACACCCUCCAAAUCAAUGGGCAACAUUAGCUUCCAGAACGUCACUCUUGCAUAUCGCUCCAGACCGGACGCACCUGUCUUCACAAACCUUAAUCUUGACAUCAAAGCUGGCGAGACAGUUGCAUUAGUCGGACGAUCGGGAGCGGGGAAAACGUCAACCAUCUCUCUUAUCGAACGAUUCUACGACCCUACCUCCGGCUCUGUCCUUCUAGACGAAGUUGACAUCCGCUCCGUCCCCGUCUCUCAACACCGUGCGAGGAUAAGUCUCGUAGCCCAGGACCCCGACCUCUUCUCUGGAACGGUAGCCUUCAACGUUGGUCUCGGUGCAAGACCGGGCCACAAGGCCACGGAUGAAGAGAUUAUCGCCGCUUGUAAAGCCGUCGGAAUCCAUGAAUUCAUCUCUUCCCUCCCGGAUGGCUAUAACACUCAAUGUGGUAACAACGGCUCUCAACUCUCAGGAGGCCAAAAGCAACGAGUAGCCAUCGCUCGAGCUUACAUUCGUGAUCCGGAGAUCUUACUUCUCGAUGAAGCUACAUCGGCGUUGGAUACUCAUUCCGAGCAACAGAUUCAGAGAGCAAUUCAGUUGGCAGCUAAGAAAAGAACAACGAUUAUGAUUGCCCAUAGACUGACGAGUGUGAUGAAUGCAGACAGGAUUCUGGUCUUUGAGAAAGGGAAAAUUGUGGAGGAGGGGAGGCACGAGGAGCUGAUGAAGGGAGGGGGUAUUUAUGAACAGAUGGUUAAGGCACAGAGCUUGGGCUAA